AUGUGGCGCCUGGCAAAUGUCUUCGUUGCAGCGCUGGCCAUGCGUUCGGAUGAGAAGAAGGGGGAGAUGGUUGCUGGAAGCGAAGCGCAGGACUUGGCGCGAGGGAGCCUGAACCUCCAGGCAAAAGAGAUCAUGCAGUCCAUGGAAGUGCAUGCGCUGCGGGCCUUUGAUGCCUACUCCUCGCUGGCGGUGAUGCAGUGGGCGGUGGUAUCGAGCUUCCUGUCCGGCAUCGAGAGCGAGGUGCUGGCGCCCGAGCGGAGCAGGGAGGGAUACAGCCGCCAGAUCACUGCCACGGAGUCCGCCGUCUUGGUGGGAGAUCUGCACGGCCAGCUCUUCGGGCUGUUGGCCUGGCUGGGGAAGGUCAAGGAGUCCUACGCCCCCCAGGGCUACUCACUGCUGGAAGACUCUAACCUCUUCUUCUGCGACGAGCGCUUGCAGUAUGUCUUCAUGGGCGACUACGUUGAUCGCGGAGAGCGUGGCACUGAGACGACGCUACUGGUGCUGGCCUACAAGGCUCUUUGCCCGACCGGCAUCAUCAUUCUGCAGGGCAAUCACGAGCAGAGGCAAACCGAGACCGCCUAUGGCUUCGGGCACGAGCUCCAGCAUAAGUUCCCCACCAAGAGCGUGAAAGUAUGGGACCUGUUUACCAGAGUCUUUGAGGGGUUGCCCUACAUGGCCGUGUCGCCUGGGAACUUCAUGGCGACGCACGGCGGUCUCAGCUCCAAGUUUGUGGCAGCUUGCAAAGGUGGAGACUUCUCUACCUGCCUGACGAAGGAACUGGGCGACAAAAUGGUUUGGUCCGAUCCCGCCACCAAGAAUGGGUUCUUGCCCUCCCGGCGAGGAGGUGGAUUGCAGACGUAUGGUCCAGACGUGACCUACAACUUCUUGAUGAAGAACAAUCUCAGGGCCAUUGUGCGUGGCCACGAGCAAGUGCAAGAAGGCCACCGGAAACAAACGAUCAAGGCCUCUUGCUGGAGCCAGCCAGCAGCCAGCCAGCAGCUGCAGCAGCAGCUGCUGUGGCAGGCCGGGUACACCGUGCACACGGUCUUUUCUUCUCCGGACUAUUGCGGGCUGUUCUGUGUGGGAUCCGACAGAAUGCCGGUGAACCGGCCGGCCUGGGACUCCUUGCAGAUGUUCACCUUUCCUGGAGAGAACAACCAUGGGGCCAUCCUGCUGGCCUCGCUGACGGAGAAGGACGCCGAUGAGGGGCCCAAGCUCACCCCCCUGGUGAUGGACCCAACCACGGCACGAGCAACCGCGAGAGCGCUAACCGAUGCGACCUGCAGCCGCCCGAGGCCGUCCACGGCCAUGCCGUCCACGGCCAUGCCGUCCACGGCCAUGCCGACCGCGGCCAUGCCUUCGACCACGGCCGCGCCGGGAGGAAUUGCAGGUUUCUUCAGCAAGAUGUUCAGCCUCCAACAGCUGGAGCAGCUGCAGCAGAGGAAGCUGCGAGUGUUGGGCAACAUCACCUGCCCCGAGCUCAGCGCCGAAGCUGCGGAGUCCCAUCGCAACUUUGUCCGGGAAUCCCUGGCGGGAAAGGACACAGCACGCCUGGCCUUCGAAAUCCGGAAGCUGGUGGAUCUGCAGGGGGAAGGCCUGGUAUGCAGCACCACUGCCGAGAGUGAGAUUGCACAAGCCUGCGACGCCGCGAAGAAGGACCAGAUCACGCUGGCGGUGUACCAAGAGCUUCACGGCCCAGAUGUGGACGUGGUGAAGGGGGACAUGGAGGCCAGGGCCCACGAGAUCAGUGAGGAGUUCGAGACGGACUUUCGGACAGGUGAAAUGAUGCUCCGUCUAUGCUGGCUGCUUCUGGCAGCCCAAGUCGGCGCCUUCCGCCUGAGUCAGGACGAUGGCCAGGUGAUGAUGCCAGACGAGGACGGCAAACUAGAGAUGCCAAAGGAGACCACAGAGGAGACCACAGAGGCGAAUGCAGAAGAGAUUGCAGAGGAGAAUGCGGAGGACACGGAAGAGGACGAGGAGCUUGCCAAUUUGUCCGACGCCGGUUCUACAUCCCCGCAGCUAGCCUCGACAGAGGCGCCGGCAGCUUCAACUGAAGUGCCAGCAGCCUCAACCGAAGCGCCGGCAGCCUCAACAGAAGCGCCGGCAGCCUCAACAGAAGCGUUGGCAGCCUCAACCGAAGCGCCAGAAGUCUCAACCGAAGCGCCGGCAGCCUCAACAGAAGCGCCAGCAGCCUCAACCGAAGCACCGGGAGCCUCAACAGAAGCGCCGACAGCCUCAACCGAAGCGCCGACAGCCUCAACCGAAGCGCCAAAAGCCUCAACCGAAGCCGCCAGAAGCCUCAACAGAAGCGCCGGCAGCCUCAACAGAAGCGCCGGCAGCCUCAACCGAAGCGGCAGAAGCCUCAACCGAAGCGCCGACUUCAACAAAAGGGUCCUUCCUGAGGCCACUGCCGGCGCAGGAGACUCGCAGAACCCAAAGAUGGCAGAACUGGUAAAAGCGGCCAAAGAAUUCAUGGAGGAGCUUGAGCAGUCGUCGCUGAGGAGCGGAGACACGUCGAGACGUCUUCAGCGCUUUGUCAUUUCCUUCCUGCAAGAGAUCACCAGCCUGAUUCUGACGCCUGAAGCCCGCAAGCAUGGCUACGCCCGCUACGUCGAGCCCAAAUCACUUGCCAUCAUUGGGGAUCUCCACGGACAGCUCUUCAACCUCUUGGCUUGGCUCGUGCAGAUUCGCAGGAAGCACCAGGCGAGCUCUCGACAAGUACAUCUUCUUGGGCGACUAUGUGGACCGAGGCGAGAGGGGUCUCGAGACCAGCGUGCUGUUGCUCGCCUAUAA